AUGGGGCAACUGGUGAGAGUCGUUGUUGGUGAAUGGCACAGACUUUCCCACGGGACCUGGAGGUUCGACAUGGAUCACACACAAGUGAAGUACGAUAUUGUGUUGAGAGAGAAUGAGACUUACGCCGAUUUGGUGGCUAUGCUGAGGAGUAAAUACCAAGUGCUCCCUUCAGAACCAGUUUCAUUGACGUAUGACUUCCCUGAGUGGAUGAAAGUUCCUGGCGACUACACCAUACCGCCUGUUGACAUACUAGAAGACAAAGAUGUGGAGCUCUUCAUGGCGGUCAGGAUGGACUACGUUAACUUGACUUUGUGUGUGGCCUAUGGAAACGUGGAAGUUGGCCGCUACCACACCAUGAGGAGGGAGGAGUUCGGGGUGACAGAAGACGGGACAGAUGUUGUUCCACCGAAGCCAAUACCGUGGAGAGGAUUCCGUACUGGUGGUUACCUGCAAGUUAGCGAGGAAAAGAUGAUGACCAUCUGCAGCAGUGAGCAGAUGGUGGAAAUCCGUAGGAACGCCGUGCGGGUGACAAGGGAUGAGAUAUUUCAGCCCUUAAUGGUGAUGGAUGAGAACUCAUCUCAGACCGAUUCGUUUGAUGAAAUGGAUAUGUUCACACCCAAUGCUGAAGGGAUGAUACGGCUGGAGGAAAUAGGGACAGAACCUCAAGCUGGAGCGAACCUGACCUUGGCGCUAGCUACAACGAGCGAGGUUGAUGGGUGGCGCGUAGACUCAUAUGGAAAAGGCAAGGGGUUAAUGACGGGUCCAGACAUUACUGGUGAAAAGGUCUUCGGGCUCCAGAGGGGUUCUGGUUCCGGCAACGUAAACAGUGAGGAGGAUGAGGUGGAAGUUGAGGAGGAUGUUGGUUAUGCUGGGGAAGAGAAAAUUGGGAGCAAUAGUCAGCUAUUUGUGGGGCAAGUAUUUGUCGACCGAGAUGAUUUCAAGGUUCACAUGUCCUUACAUGCAUUGGCAAACAAGUAUAGAUACUUCGUGAGGAAGUCGGAGCCCGGCAAAAUGGUUCUGGAGUGCAGUGGAGUUAACUGUCCAUGGCGGGUGUACGCAACUAAAAUCAUGGGGUGUCCGCGGUUUGAAAUCAAGACAUUGGAGAGUAACCACCGUUGCACUGUUAGCGAGCGGGGUGAGUUUAGGAGACAUGCAACAGCAUCAAUUGUUGGGGGAAUGAUGAGGAGCAAGUACGUUGGUACCGGGAGUGGCCCAAGGCCAGGAGCGUUGAGAGAGAUGAUGAGGACGGAUCACAGUGUACCGAUAUCCUACUGGACAGCGUGGAAGUCCCGAGAGAUUGCUAUAGAGAAUGGGCGUGGAAAUGCUGAGGCAGCAUACAAUACUUUACCUUCCUACCUCCAACAGUUGGCCAUUGCGAAUCCUGGAACUCUGGUCGCAUUGGAGACAAACAAAGGACCAGGCAGUGGCAGGCGUUUCAAGUAUCUCUUCCUGUCGUUUGGAGCAAGCCAAAAAGGAUUUGAUUUCAUGAGGAGAGUUGUCAUAAUCGAUGGAACGCACUUGAAGGGGAAGUUUGCAGGGUGUUUGCUAACAGCUAGUGCACAAGAUGGGAACUAUCAGAUAUUUCCCAUCGCGUUUGGCAUAGUAGACAGCGAGAAUGACCAAUCAUGGGCAUGGUUCUUCACCAAGCUCCUUGCUGUCGUACCUGAUACUGCUGACUUAGUAUUUGUCUCUGACAGACACACCGCAAUAUACUCUGGAAUCCGCAGAGUGUAUCCGAUGGCUAAGCAUUGUGCUUGUCUGCUACAUCUCCAGAGGAACGUUCAGACUAUCUUCAAGAAGAAGCAUUUGGGGUACCUUCUGGGGAGAGCAGCAAGAGCUUACAAACUAGAGGAUUUCUACUUGCACUUCAACGAGCUCAGGGUGGUUGACGGCGCUUGUGCCGAUUAUCUGACCCGCAUUGGACUUGAGCACUGGGCUAGAUCGCAUUUUGAGGGGGCACGGUACAACAUAAUGACAAGUAACCUCGCUGAGUCUCUGAACGCAGCUCUGUCUGAGGCUAGAGAAUACCCCAUUGUCCCGCUCCUGGAAUAUAUUAGGUCAAUGAUGAUGGGAUGGUUCUCUUCAAGACGUGAAGCAGCAGCCCGCAAUGUAGGGGCGCUCACUCCGAAAGUUACUGGUAUCGUGAUGAGCCACUUCACUGACUCCACAGGAUAUGCCGUGAAACACAUCAUAACUAAUGAGUACGAAGUUGUUAAUGGGAAUGGGAUGUUUCAUCGUGUGGAUCUUGAUAAGACAACUUGUUCUUGCAAGCAGUUCGAAACGCUGGGCAUCCCUUGUGCGCAUGCAGUGGCUGCAGCCAUAUUUGCACGGGAGUCAGUGGAUAGUAAGGUGGCUGUGUAUUACAGCAACAAGUACUGGGGAUUAGCGUACAGUGGAAGCAUUAACCCGGCGGAAGAAGCAAACAUUGAGGUGUACAAGUUUGGUGUGGACGGAGAGGAUGGACACCUUCUCCCUCCAGCAACUCGCCGCCCACCUGGUAGACCGAGAAAGGCAAGAAUUCCAUCGCGUGGGGAAUUCAAGAUGGGUGGUGCUUUAAAGCGCCGCCGCACCUGCAGCAGAUGUGGAGGAACUGACCAUAACAAGGUCACUUGUAAGAUGCCUAUCUGA